CAAUGUCACUGCCGCCAAUCCAGCCUCACCUCUGACGUCAGCCCAAUAAGCCUCAGCCGGCCGACGAGUGCGGCAGAAAACAUCUCAAAACCACAAAACAAACGGUUUAUUCUCAGACAAUCCUCGAAAGACACAGAAUUACCGCAUUUCAGUACUAUGAAAACCACCGUGCGGAAUCCCUUGGCCGCGUUGUCGCCCUGGAACUGGAACGUCAACUCGGUGGUUCUGAUUCUGCUAUUGGUAAUGGGAGGCAUGGCCUUAUUCUCGCACAAUCGCUUCUCAGAUAUGGUGGGUGUGGCGUGGAAGGACAUUGAUUUUUUGGCUUUGGAAAUCCCGCAAGACAUAAAAUCGGCUGUGAAGCAACAUCCGUCCGAGAUCAGAGAGCGCCAGGUGGACAUUCAAGGCUUGAAAGUGGCGUAUUUAGAGGCCUUGCCCGGAUCUGUGGUGGAACCCAGUGGACAAACCGUGCUUUUACUUCACGGUCAGGCCUUCAAGGCCUCCACGUGGCAUCGGGAACUGCCAACCCUUCAAACGAUUUCGGCCAUGGGACACCGAGCGGUGGCCAUUGAUCUUCCAGGAUUCGGAAACACGCCGGCCCAGACUGUGGACGAAGCCAAGUUCAUGGAGGCUGUCAUCAGGGCCUUGUCGCCGGAGGCCAAGCCCAUAUUGGUUUCGCCCUCCAUGUCAGGAUCAUAUUCCCUGCCUCUGGUUAUGAACCAACCGGAUCUGGUUUGUGGCUACAUUCCCGUGGCUCCCGUGAUGACCAAUCUCUUCACAACCGAUCAAUAUAAGGCGGUCCACACGCCUACUUUGAUUGUUUACGGAGAGCGAGAUACGUCCUUGGGGCGAACUUCCGCUCAGCAUCUGGUGCAAAUCCCAACCUCGAGCCAACCUCAGAUCAUUCCCAAAGCCAGACAUCCGUGCUACUUGGACGAUCCGGACCGAUGGCAUGCCCUCAUCUUUAACUUUGUCAGGCAACUCAAGAGCGCUUGUUAACAGCUCUGGCGACUUUGAAAACGAAUAGCAUUGUGCAUCUGUGAUAUAUCGAUUUAAAACGCACACAUCAUGGUUUUGUCGUGGUAUCCGUCGAGUUUCCAUUAAACAAAAACACUUGAAUAAAAUUCAGCUGCUGAGGCCAACAAGGAA